AUGCGUCUGACAUGGGCGUCGCUAGCUCUGGCGCUGGUGCUGGUGACCGGCCAUGAAGGAGAUGGGGAAUAUGCGGAAGAUCUGUGCAAGGACCGCAAUGACCGCUGGUCUGCGUACGGGACCUCGUGUGAUCGCGUGAAGGCCAUGUGCGAAGAUGACUUUUAUGGCGACUUGGUUCGCAGCUGGUGCCCAGUGACUUGCGGCAGCUGUCAGGCGCACCGGAGCUUUCCUUUCCAAGUGCAGUCCAACGCGAUCUUGCGGAGAUCGGCCAACCAUGAGGACAACGCCACCGGCGACAACGCCAGCAAUGCCACGGAGGCAACCAAGACCUGUGGCAGUGCCACCUGUGGCGGUGCCACAGGUGAAGGCCUUGAAGGCCUCCCCGAUCGUGGCUCGGAGCCCGCAGAGUUCAUCGAGACGAAGGAGUUGGAAAAGAAGACGGAGUCGGCUGGCUUCAAUCGCAGUCUACUCCUCACGCUAGCAAGCGCAAGCAAAGCGUCCUAUGCCUCAAGUGCUGGAACCCCAUCCCUGACAUGCACUGUGAAGGCAUGGGUUCGCCGAUGCUGGCCAACUUUUCGGGGACUUGGACUGCCAAUCACUCCAACCAGUAUGCGGAGAGCCUUCUACUUGUGGAAUCCGAGAGGAGUACAACAUUGCACCGGAAGCCGGAUCCGCCAGAGGCGGACCAGCCGGACCUGA